AUGAGGGGAAUAGUCAAAUUACAGCGGAGAUGUUUUAGCGCACAUGGGAACGUGGUGCUUCAAAGCACAAAUGUUCAGGCCAAGAUUCUAAAGAGGGCCUGGAAUAAUACCGAGCAGCUCAGAGUCUCGUCCUUUAAAUUGUGGCUUUCCCAUCUGAGAGGUGUGACCUAUACGAGGGAUCGCCUGAGAGUGUACCAGAAGAAGCUUAUGGAGGGAGUAAACUUGCCGCAAAGUGUGCGCUGCGUUAAUGCUACUACAUCACGGGGGAUCAACCAGUGGCAUUUUCAUAAUCCAUCGCUGGUUGGAUCAGAGGCUGCAGUGAAACCGCCUGUUCUGCUGAUUCAUGGGUAUGCGUCGUCGUCGAUGUCCUACUUCAGGAACUUCCGUGGACUGUCCAGCCAGUGCAAAGACGUGUACGCUAUCGAUCUCCCUGCCAACGGUUUAUCAAGAGAGAUUAGCCUAAGCGAGGAUGCUGACUUAAAGGACCUUGUCAAAUACUCUUUGCAAGUGAAAGGUUUGGAUUCCCCAGGUCAGGUGAAAGUGACAAAACCAUAUAAUAACAAACUGUGCGCGACGCAACUUAGAAUCCUGGAAGACUACUACGUUGAUGAAAUUGAGAGAUGGAGAGUUGAGAACCAGAUUGAUCAGUUGCACCUUGUUGGCCACUCGUUCGGGGGGUACAUCUCUUACAAAUACGCGUUAAAGUAUCCACAAAACGUGAUGAAGUUAGCACUUAUAUCGCCAUUGGGGGUGGAAAGGAAUUUAUAUUCCGUUAACAACCAUUUGCCCCAAGACUCUAUAGUACAGGGAACUUUUGAGGACCCUUCGUCACCAUCAUAUCUGCGAAAGUUGGAAGUACCACGGUACAUUUUCGAAAACCAAUUAAAGAUACUUCGAUGGGGUGGCCCCAUGGGUGCACGGCUGUGCUGGAACUACAUUACAUCUGCGUAUGCCAAAGUUCCAUCUCGUGAAUUUAAAGAAUAUCUGUUUGAGUUGUUCUACGGAGACGGAGGUAUCACCAAAACAGCGCUGACAACGUUUAUCCUUUUAUUUACGAGGAAUUUACUAGCAAGAGACCCCAUCAUGGAUUCAAUUGCUGAAUUGAAAGUGAAGGAUGUGAUGUUUCAGUACGGGCAAUACGAUUGGAUGAAUAAAAACGCUGGUGCGCGUGCAGCAGAGCUGCUGAGGAAACAACCGUAUAACAACUCUGCACUGUACUUGGAGAUUCCCGAAUCGGGUCACAAUUUAUUUUUAGACAGCCCACAGUCCUUCAAUUUUUCACUUAUCUCUUUCCUCGCUGAUUAA